AAAGAUUUAAAGAAAUCGAAUCAAACAUUGUUAAUAGCAUUUAGUCACAAUUAAAGGGAAGCUUUUAAACAUAACUAAAGUGUAGGAGUUAUAGUGAAGCGAUAUUUUAAAGUGUAGCUUAGAAAAUUGUGUAUGCAAAGUUUUGGGCGAAUUCCAUUGGAAAUGAAGCCGCUGUAGCGACACAUACAUUAUGCAGAAGAAAGCUUUGAGAAAGAGCAAUAAAAAGAUACGCAAAUUACAUACUGAAGAAGAAACUUUCAAGUAGAAAAAAUACCACGAUAAAGAAGUUGCAAGAAGAUCGAAGAAGAAGAGUAUUGGAAAAAUAAAACAAGUGGAGUAACUGAAAAAGGAUAAUCACAGGUCACCGAAUUGCACUGCAAAAGCGAAAAGGAAAAGAGGAAAAGGCAACGCUAAAAACAGUUGGAGAAACAAUUCACAUCCAAACAUGGGCACAAGGGAGGACGAAUACGAUUAUUUAUUCAAAGUUGUGCUGAUCGGUGAUUCCGGUGUGGGCAAAAGUAAUUUACUUUCCCGCUUCACGCGCAAUGAAUUCAACUUGGAAUCGAAGUCAACAAUUGGAGUUGAAUUUGCAACACGUAGCAUAGAGGUUGAUGGUAAGACAAUUAAAGCGCAGAUAUGGGAUACGGCCGGUCAGGAGCGUUAUCGAGCCAUUACGUCUGCAUAUUAUCGCGGCGCUGUUGGUGCACUGCUCGUCUAUGACAUUGCCAAACAUUUGACCUACGAGAAUGUGGAGCGGUGGUUGCGAGAGUUGCGUGAUCAUGCCGAUCAGAAUAUUGUUAUUAUGCUGGUGGGCAAUAAGUCCGAUUUGCGGCAUUUGCGUUCCGUGCCGACAGAUGAGGCGAAACUCUUUGCUGAGCGUAAUGGGCUGAGUUUCAUUGAAACAUCUGCCUUGGAUUCGACGAACGUCGAAACUGCAUUCCAAAAUAUACUCUCAGAAAUCUAUCGUAUCGUAUCGCAGAAACAAAUCAGAGAUCCACCCGAGGGUGAUGUUAUUCGUCCAAAUGUGGAGCCCAUCGAUGUGAAGCCGACUGUUACGGCUGAUGUGCGCAAGCAGUGUUGUCAGUGACCGCCUUAUGCACGUUCUGCAUUACUUUUAAAUGUCAUCUAUGCAUAAAUAAUAACAACAACAACCAACCAAUAAAACUACAAUAAACUACUACGACCAUAGUUCCCCAAUCAAAUUCAAUCCAAAUCAAUUCCAAAUUACAGAACCUACAACCAAUUGCAACAAACAAAGCAAAGCAAAAGCAAUUAAACAGAACAAACGGUAAAAGUAAAAAAUGGUUAUUAUAAAUACAUAUUAUAUUAAAUGCAAGGAAAUAAUUGAAACAGAAAUUAGUAUAACUGCAAUGAAAUUUUUGAAAGAAAAGUAAUAAUAUACAUAUUUAACUAUAAUUUGAAAGCGUAUUUUCUUGAAAACAAACAAAAACAACAACAACAACAUAAACAGAAUGAAGUAAACAAUGAACGCCUCUCAACGCAAUCCUUAAACUUGAAAAUUUUCGCUUAAGUCUCCGCCUUCUUAAAAAGUUUUCCCUAUAAUAUAAUCCAAAACAAUCGCAAUCAAAAAAAAAAAAAAAUAAAACUACGCGUGACUGUAUUGAUGAGAACUACACAAAUAAAAUAGUUGUAUUCCCAUUCACCCAGCCAUUACCAUGACCACCGCCCCCAUUUGAUUUCAUACGCUCGCAUAUCUACUAUUGAGUUCAAUUAAGUGCGUUUUCUUAUUUAUUUAAGCAACUAUAGCUUAAUUAAAUUCAGUAAAUCAGUUCAAUAAUUUUAAAAGCAUACUUUUUAUUGAAAAGAAGAUUUUUUACUUUAAAAACAAUGAAGGAAUACCGAAAGAAUUGAAGUUUGUAAUUAUAAUUUUUUUCAUAUUCGAAGGAUAUGUAAAACUAUUGUAAAUGUUUUAGUAAAAAAUAAUUAGAAGCAACAACAAACUCAAACAAAAAAAACGAAAUUAAUUUAAAUAUUUAUAAGGGGAAACACACACAAGAGAAAACUGCAAACAAUUGAAUAUUCUGCUUUUUUAAUUAAAAAAUAAAUAAAAUACAAAAGUAAUGUUUUAUAUAUAAAAUUAUGUAUUAUGAAGUAAUCAAUACACGCUGGAAACACCAAUAACACAUACACCGCAUGCAUAAUGCAAUGGAUGUGCGUGGAGAGGAAACGUAGAGGGCUACCGGAACUACUAGCAUGCGGAGGGAAAAGCUAUUGAGAAAUUCAUUGGUGGUCCUGUACGAUUAGGAACACCAUUCAAACAGAUAUCGCUAUAUGAAAUUUUAUUGGACUGGCAUACAAGCAAGCAAGCAAGCAAUAGAGAGUGAAAGAAAGGAUCAAGAUUUUAGCGAAGCUAAGGGAAGAGAGUAAAGAAAAUGCGUAGAUGAGUUAAUACAUAAUUAAUUAACAUUGGAAAACUUAUAUGAAUUAAGCGAAGCGAAAGAAAGCGAUACAACAUCUAACAACAGCCAGUUGUAAAUUACUGAUGAUUAUAAAAUUAGUGAGAAAAAAAUACAUAUAAUUAAUCGAUUGAUUGAUUAAUGCAAUUAUAUUGUGUUUUGCUAUAUUUACCUAUGUUAAGUGUAUCUAAAUGAAUAAAAUAAAAAAUGAGAACAACAAAAAUGUA